CUAUCCAUCGAAUAUAACGUAAAAUGUCAUGAGAUUGUUUUACAGCACAAAAAAAAAAGCAAAGCCAUGAGGGUAGUAAAUUACCUGGCAGCCGUAACCGAAAUGAUACGUGAAUAUCAAUGCUGGAGAAGGCACCGCAAAAGCCUCAGCGCUCCCGAUGUUCUCGUCUGUUUUCUAGUUAACAAGAGUACGAAAUGGUAA